CCAUACAUUUUUUGACACAUGACAGAAUAAAAAGUCAAAUUGCGGUUGUGUCGCGUUCCGAGAUCGAUUCUUUUCGUUUUUGCGUCACAUUUCAGUCGGACGCCGAUUAAAUCGGGACGCAGUCGUAUCGCGGAGCUACAAACGUUACAUUGAUUACAUAACCUCGAAAAAUCGCCAAAUUCGAAUUUUAAGAUGUCGGCGAAAGGGAUUCGGGAAGCAACCGGAAAAGAUUUGAUAAAUCGCCUUUUAGAUUCCGAUACAGCGGCGGUUCGAUGUAAAUUCGCUUCAGUGACGCCGAAAACGAAUUUUGGAGCCCUAAUUGAGAGCCACCCUUGGUUGCAAACUCACCCUCUGGUAGUUAAACCAGAUCAAUUAAUAAAGCGGCGAGGAAAGCUUGGUCUAAUCGCCGUAAAUAAAAGCGUGGAUGAAGUGAAACAAUGGAUAGAAGAGAGGAUGAAUAAAGAUCAAAAGAUUGGAACAGCAACUGGGAAAUUAAGAAACUUCAUAAUCGAGCCUUUCAUCCCUCAUAAACCGGAAGAGGAGAUGUAUAUUUGUAUUUACUCCCACCGGCAUGGUGAUACGAUUUUAUUUCACCAUGAGGGUGGUGUUGAUAUUGGGGAUGUUGACUCGAAAGCAUUAAAAAUUGAUAUUUUAAUUGGGGACGAUUUAAAAGUGGAACAAAUCGAAAAGGGGUUGUUAAUAAACGUCGCUGAUGAGAAAAAAGCGAUGUUAAUUAAAUUCAUUUCUUGUCUUUAUAAAAUGUAUGUUGAGCUUUAUUUUACAUAUUUCGAAAUUAACCCUUUGGUGGUUACCGAGAAGGAAAUUUACGUGUUGGAUUUAGCGGCGAAAUUGGACGCAACUGCCGAGUUUUUGUGUAAACCCCAAUGGGGCGAAAUCGAUUACCCCCCUCCGUUUGGUCGAGACGCUUACGACGAGGAAGCUUACAUCGCCGAUUUAGAUUCGAAAUCUGGGGCAAGUUUGAAAUUGACCAUUUUGAAUAAAAAUGGGAGGAUUUGGACGAUGGUUGCUGGUGGUGGAGCUUCUGUUAUUUAUAGCGACACGAUUUGUGAUUAUGGAGGGGCUAAUGAACUUGCUAAUUAUGGAGAAUAUUCUGGCGCCCCCUCCGAACAACAAACGUACGAAUACGCAAAAACGAUUUUAUCACUCAUGGUUCAAGAGAAACACCCAGAUGGGAAAGUUUUAAUCAUCGGGGGCGGAAUUGCCAACUUCACCAACGUCGCGGACACUUUCAGGGGUAUCAUCACCGCGUUACGCGAAUACCAACACCGAUUAAUCGAGCACAAGAUAUCGAUUUUCGUUCGGAGAGCCGGCCCGAAUUAUCAAGAGGGUUUAAGACGAAUGCGAGAAGUUGGACAAACGUUAGGUAUUCCUUUAUACGUUUUCGGCCCUGAAACCCACAUGACGGCUAUUUGCGGAAUGGCUCUCGGUAAAAAACCGAUUCCAAUUGAAAGUUCGGUCAGUCACGAGACCACAACAGCCAAUUUUUUGCUUCCGAGCCAAUCUGGAUCGGCGAACAACCUGGCUUUUGAGAACGAAAAAUCUGAAACGGAUAAAGUUUUUCGAACUAACCAAGCUGACCAAGGAACAAAUUGCGAAGUUAGGAUGAUCGAGGAAGUCUCAGAGGGCGACGCAUCAAGGAAACUUCCCAUGUUCUCAGCGACCACGAAAGCAAUCGUUUGGGGGAUGCAAACUCGAGCUGUUCAAAGCAUGUUGGACUUUGAUUUUGUUUGCAGAAGAAUUGAACCGAGCGUUGUUGCUAUUAUUUAUCCAUUUACUGGGGAUCAUAAGCAGAAAUAUUAUUGGGGGCAUAAAGAAAUUUUAAUUCCAGUAUAUAAAAAAAUGAAUGACGCAAUGACGAAACACCCCGACGCUGACGUAAUGGUGAAUUUCGCCUCGCUCCGAUCCGCUUAUCAAAGCACCGUUGAAACGAUGGAUCACCCCCAAAUUCGAACGAUCGCGAUCAUAGCCGAGGGAAUCCCCGAAAAUAUGACCCGAAAACUCAUUAAAUUAGCCAAUGAAAAAGCGGUUUCGAUAAUCGGCCCCGCCACCGUCGGCGGAUUAAAACCGGGCUGCUUCAAAAUCGGAAACACAGGAGGAAUGAUGGACAAUAUCCUACACUCGAGGCUUUAUCGACCUGGAAGUGUCGCGUACGUUUCUCGCUCCGGCGGGAUGUCGAACGAAUUAAACAACAUAAUUUCGAAAUCAACGGAUGGGGUGUACGAGGGGGUCGCAAUCGGGGGGGAUCGUUACCCCGGGACGACGUUUAUGGAUCAUAUCUUACGUUAUCAAAACGACGAUAAAGUUAAGAUGAUCGUGCUUUUGGGGGAAGUCGGAGGAACGGAAGAAUACGAAGUUUGCGAGGCGAUUAAAACCAAAUUAAUCACAAAGCCUUUAAUUGCGUGGUGUAUUGGAACUUGCGCUAGCAUGUUUACGUCGGAGGUUCAAUUCGGACACGCAGGAUCUUGCGCGAAUUCCUCCAUGGAGACCGCAGCUGCGAAAAACGAAGCUUUAAAAUCAUCGGGGGCUUAUACACCAGAUUCGUUCGAUAAUUUAGGGGAUGUUAUUUUGAAUGUGUAUCGAAAUUUGGUUAAGCAAGGCGUGAUUGUCCCCGCUGAGGAAGUCCCCCCACCCACAGUCCCGAUGGAUUAUAGUUGGGCGAGAGAAUUAGGAUUAAUUCGCAAACCCGCGAGUUUUAUGACAUCAAUUUGCGAUGAAAGGGGACAAGAACUUUUAUACGCAGGGAUGCCAAUUUCCGAUGUUUUAAACAAAAACGUUGGAAUCGGCGGGGUUAUCUCACUUUUAUGGUUUCAACGUUGUCUCCCGGCUUACGCGUGCAAAUUCUUCGAAAUGUGCUUAAUGGUAACUGCGGAUCACGGCCCCGCAGUUUCGGGGGCCCAUAACACUAUCGUGUGCGCCCGAGCCGGAAAGGAUUUAGUAUCGAGCUUAGUUUCGGGGUUACUCACCAUCGGGGAUCGAUUCGGGGGUGCUUUAGAUAAUGCGGCGCGCCAAUUUAGCGAAGCUUACGACUCAGGUUUGCACCCCAUGGAGUUUGUGAAUCAAAUGCGCAAUAAAGGCCAGUUGAUUAUGGGGAUAGGACAUCGGGUUAAAAGCAUUAAUAACCCCGAUCAGCGGGUUAAAAUCGUUAAAGAAUUCGUUAUGGAGAAUUUCCCCGCCACUCCACUUCUUUUGUAUGCUUUGAAGGUCGAAAAGAUUACGACGAGUAAGAAACCGAAUUUAAUUUUGAACGUUGAUGGAGUUAUUGCGUGUUCUUUUGUGGAUAUGUUGCGGAGUUGUGGGAGUUUUACUCGGGAAGAAGCGCAAGAAUAUAUAAAUAUCGGCGCGAUAAACUCUUUAUUCGUUUUGGGGCGUUCCGUCGGAUUCAUUGGACAUUACAUGGACCAGAAGCGAUUGAAACAGGGGUUGUAUCGCCACCCGUGGGACGACAUCUCCUACGUUCUUCCAGAGCAGUACAACAAUUAAUUACGAAUUUUUGUGUGUAGAAUUAAGAAUCGUUGCUUGUAAGUACCGUUUUAUAUCUUUUAAUUACUUUCUUUUUAAAUUUGAGUAUCUCGAAUAGUAGAGAAUGGGAUGAUGAUGGGAGAAAUGAGGAUUAAAAUGAACUAAUAGAUAUUUAUUGACGUUUUUAAGCUGUAAUUAUUUAUAUUUUUAUAUUGACAAAAAGAAAAUUAAGGUUAACUCACUUCAAGAUGGAUUUUUUUUAGGUUAGGUUUCGUGUGAGUGAUUAGGUUUUUUGAUUUGGAAGUAAGAAAUGUAUUUGAACGCAUUUGUUUAUUAUUACUUACUUAUUUAUUUAUUAAAAAAGUAAAUGUAUUAAUAAAUAUUUUAGAAACUAAA